UCGGUGAUUCAGGUGAUAUAAACUAGCGGUUCAUACAGAAUGUCUUCCGAGAAUGAAUGCUCAUAUUACAAAAGCAGUCAUCAAACACCAGAAAUUAGAGCUGCUGAUAUCCUUCCCCUACUGCAUGAAAAAGUUGCUAUAGUAUCUGGUGGUAGGGACCGCAGAGGAUGUCCAAUUUUAUCCUUUCCUGCUCGCACCCGACCUGAGCGUUUGAAAACAGAGGACCUCAGGAAACUUUUGCUAUACCUAGCAACAACACCAUGUGAAGAAGCAGCUGAUUUGGGGUUUUCUGUUGUUAUUGACAUGAGAGGUACAACAUGGAAUACUGUUAAACCAAUUUUAAAAGUUUUACAAGAAACCUUUCCAAUCAAAAUUCAUACUGCCUACAUAAUUAAACCAGAAAAUUUUUGGCAAAAGCAGCGCACAAGCCUUGGAAGUGCAAAAUACAAAUUUGAAACAAGCAUGAUAUCUGUUGAAACUUUAUCAAAGUACAUUGAUCCUACCCAACUCACCAGUGACUUGGAUGGCACAUUAUCCUAUGAUCAUAAUUUGUGGAUUGAACUCAGAUUGUCUUUAGAAAAUUUUACAUGGAAAGCUAGUGAUUUGUUAGCAAGAAUGGAAACUGUUAAAGAUGAUUUAACUAGAAAUGAAUUUGCUGAUGAUGUGUCAUCAGCAAAAGCAGUCAUAGAUGAUCAUGCUUCUCUCAAAAAACGUAUUGUGCAAGUUCCUGUUGAAGAUAUAGAUUUAGAAGGUCAACAAGUUUUACACAAAUUAAGCUAUGCUACAGGUAACAGUAGUGGAGGCUCUUGUGAUUCGGGCUACUCAAGUAGAGAUAGUGGACCUGCUGGUAUGGCUGGAAAUGUUGAUUUUCAAAGUGCUGUUCCUCAAGUAGUUCGACUUCUGGAAAAUAUCCAUGUGACUCGGCAACAUUUACUUCAGCUAUGGCACAUACGUAAAGUGAAAUUAGAUCAAUGCCUUCAAUUGCGUUUAUAUGAGCAAGAUGCCCAAAAAAUGUUUGAUUGGAUUUAUCAUAAUCGAGAUCUUUUCCUUGUGAGCUAUGUUGACAUUGGGUUAACAUUUCAAGAAGCAAAAGAUCUUCAAGAAGAACAUAAUCAUUUCACCAUGUCUUCAAUGAAUGUUUAUGUCAACAUCAACCGCAUCUUAUCAGUUGCAUCCAGGUUAAUUGAAAGUGGUCAUUACUCUGCUGCUACUAUACAACAAAUUGCUGCUCGUUUAGAUCGAGCUUGGAAGGAAUUUGCUGCUGGUCUCGAUGAAAGAACAACUGUACUUACUUUAUCUGUUUUGUUUCAUCAAAAAGCAGAGCAGUAUAUGAGUAAUGUGUCCCCUUGGAGUAAAGCUUGUGAGCAAACAAUUGUACCAAGAGAAGUUGUUCACUUAGAAGAUGCCAUUCAUCAGCAUCAAACUUUGUAUGAAAAUAUGUGCCAAUCCUACACUGAAGUGCAUAGUACUAGUAAAAAACUGUUGUAUCAGUUAGAUCAUCUCGUUCAAGUGUGCCAUCAACCCCGUGUUGACAUGUCUUCUCGAAAACAUUCUCACGGGGAUAGCAAGAAUUUAUCUGAAAUUCUUAAUCAUAACGGGAAUAGUCAUCUGUGUAAUCCUGCAGCUGAUUAUUCUGAAGGUGCCAAACAUGUUCUUUCUGUAAUCCACGAAAUUCUGAAUCACCAUAGAGCCUUAGAAACCCAGUGGCACACAAAAAAGGUCAAGCUACAUCAAAGAUUAGCUCUUGGGUUAUUUCAAGAAGAUGUCAGACAGGUACUUGACUGGUUGGAAAACCAUGGUGAAGUUUUCUUGAGAAAGAAUACUGGGGUUGGCCGCAACUUGCAGCGUGCAAAAGUUCUUCAGAAAAGCCAUGAGCAUUUUGAAACAGUGGCUCAAAAUACUUAUACAAAUGCUGAAAAACUAUUGGCAGCUGCAGAAGAGUUGGCCCAAACAGGAGAAUGCAAUGCCGAAGAAAUUUAUGGUGUGGCACAUGAAUUGGAAGGUCAUAUCAGUAGUUUUGCUGCUCGAGUUGAUCAGAGAAGGAGUCUGCUUGAUUUAGCUGUAAUGUUUUUCACUCAUGAAAAUGAGCUUUCUAGUUGGUUUGAAGAAUUAAGGCAGGAAUUGCAGAGUGAUGAAGUUGCAGAAAAUGUGGAAGGAGCAGAACAGUUACUUGAACAAUUCAAUCAGCAAAGAGAUUCAACUAUUGAUGCUGCAAUGAAUACUGUAUCUGAAGGGGAGGCAUUACUGGAAGAACUUCAAAAUUCUGGUUUAGUUCCUGAUACUGAUGCUAGUACAUCAUAUGCUGCCAUUGAAGGACUUUUAGAAUCCUUGAGUAGGAGUAGAGAGGAAUUAGAAGAGUUAUGGAGUAAUCGAAAGUUAAAACUUGAUCUUUGUCUUCAGCUACGCCUCUUUGAAAGAGAUGCACUUGAAAUUUCAUCACAAUUGGAAUUGUGGUCUGAAGAGCUUCAAAAUGCUGAAGUUGCUCGAGAUAUGAAUGAGGCAGAACAGUCUCUUCAUAUUCACAAUGAAAGUGUUAGCAAUAUGCAGCAAACUGUUCUAGAUGUUAUACAGAGAGGACAAGAGUUAUACCAACUAUUUGAAACCUCGGGAGUGCAAUUAAUGGCUGACCAUCAAUAUGAUGGGCAAGCAAGGGUACAAGUUUUACUUGAUUUUCUUCAAGAACGUCAUCUAGAUUUAGAAGAUGUUGCAGAGAUGAAACGAGUAAAACUUGAACAAAGUAUUCAGUUAUGCCAGCUGGAAAAUGAUGCCAGCCAGGUGUUGAGUUGGAUUGGAAAUGGUGAAGCUAUGUUAGUUGCUUCUUUUAUUAUUCCAUCCUCUUUACAAGAAGCUGAACAAUUGCGAACAGAGCAUCAGCAAUUCCAAUUGGCUAUUGAAAAAACACAUUCAAGUGCAGUUUUAGUACAGCAGAGGGCAGAAUCUUUGAUUCAAGCUAACCACUUUGAUCCAUCUCAUGUUAGGGCAAUCUGUGAUGAUGUAAAUUCAAGUUGGCAUCAAUUAAUGACUCAUGCUGAGGAUAGGCAUAAAUUAACUACAGCUUCUUUAAAUUUCUACAAGACUGCUGAACAAGUGUGCUCGGUUCUUGAUAGUUUGGAGCGUGAAUAUCGAAGGGAUGAAGAUUGGUGUGGAAGCAAUAAUGAAACUAAUGAGAAAAAAGAAAGCUCUGAUAAAGUCGCAUAUGUUUCACAGCUGUUGACUAAGCAUCAGGAACAAAAAGAAGCUUUCUUAAAAGCUUGCACACUUGCUCGUAGAAAUGCUGAAACAUUUUUGAAAUAUAGUUCACGCUGCGUACAAUACUACAGUUCCCAAAUUGAAGUAAAUCAUAAAGGUUCAGAAAAUAAAGUUAAAGGUAUUCUUGAGCGAUUGCUCAAUCAGGAGAAUAAUGUCCUAGAACACUGGACAGCAAAAAAGAAGCGCUUAGAUCAAUGUCAACAAUUUGUUCUUUUUGAAAAUAGUGCAAAGCAAGCUUUGGAAUGGAUUCGAGAAACAGGGGAAGAUUAUCUUGAUAACAGAAGCUCUUUAGGAGAAAGUGUAGAAGAAACUAAACUUUUAUUAAAAGAAUACAAUGAAUUCAAAGGAAAUGCAAAGGAAACAAGAGAAAGGGUGCGCAUGCUUCUUCAACUAGCUGAUAGCUUAGUUGAGCGUGGUCAUGCCCAUGCAUCAGCUAUUAAGUAUUGGGUGGCAUCUGUUGAUCACAGUUAUAAAGAUUUUAGUGAGCGGAUGGACCAGCAUCGCCAAAGGCUUGAACAAAAACUUGGUUUACAAUCCGACAAGGACGUGAGAGAUUUGUCAUUAGAUCGCCACAGUGAUCCUUCCCUUGAAGAUAAAGUAAAAGAAGCUGCAGCUAAAGAAUUAAAUGAAGAAAAACGGAAGUCUGCUCGUAGAAAAGAAUUCAUUAUGGCAGAGUUACUGCAAACUGAAAGAACUUAUGUAAAAGACUUAGAUACUUGCAUCCAAACUUAUAUGAUGGAGAUGGAAAAGUUUGACAGUAAUGCUCCUAUUGGUUUACAAAAGAAAAGUUCUACCCUGUUUGGAAAUAUGGUUGAAAUCUUUGAAUUUCAUGAUCAAAUAUUUUUGAAAGAAUUGGAGAAGUAUGAAACUAUGCCAGAAGAUGUUGGUCAUUGUUUUGUGACUUGGGCUCAAAAAUUUGAAAUCUAUGUCAAAUACUGCAAAAACAAGCCAGAAUCUAAUUCUUUGUUAGUUCAACAUGGUGGGAGUUAUUUUGAGGACAUUCAAAGGAAAUAUAAUGUACCACAUCCCAUUGCUGCAUAUCUUAUAAAACCAGUGCAAAGGAUAACAAAAUAUCAACUCUUAUUGAAAGAUCUUUUGUCUUGCUGUGAGGAAGAUCAAGGAGAAAUUAAGGAUGGAUUGGAUGUUAUGCUGAGUGUCCCGAAAAAGGCUAAUGAUGCCAUGCAUCUUAGUAUGUUAGAAGGAUGUGAUGUAUCACUUGAUCAACUUGGUGAAGUUAUUCUUCAAGACUCCUUUCACGUCUUUGAACCUAAGUCACUAAUUAGAAAAGGAAGGGAAAGACAUAUUUUCUUAUUUGAGCUGUACUUGCUUUUUAGUAAAGAAGUUAAAGAUUCUAAUGGAAAAGCUAAAUAUAUCUAUAAAUCUAAAUUAUUGACAUCAGAAAUCGGUAUAACAGAACAUGUAGAAGGGGAUGAGUGCAAGUUUGCUGUUUGGACUGGAAGAGCACCUCUUGCAGAAAACAAGAUAGUUCUAAAAGCUACUUCCUUGGAAACAAAGCAAACAUGGGUGAAAAAACUGAGAGAAGUCAUACAAGAAACCUAUUUCAGUAGUGCUCUCUCUACAUUAAAUAUUUCAAAGUGCCAUACAAAGAUUUCAAAGUCUGUUAGCAAUCGCUCUAGCAGAGAUUUGGAAGAUUCUUCUAUGGAUGAGGGAAGUAUUGAAAAUCAAGAAAGAGGGUCAUUAGCAUCAUUUGGUUCUGGAAACACAACAGACAGUGAAAAGGGAGGUGAAGUAGUACAAGUGGUAGAAGACCAUAAAGCUAUACCUGGUUCAUUAGAGCUGACAGUUCAUGCUGGUCAGCAAGUUGAAUUGUUAGAAUCAUGCAAUGAGUGGUAUCUAGUCCGUCAUAUCCCUAAGGAUGAUUCAGCAUCUGGAAAUCAAGAAGGUUUAAUCCCACCAUCCUGUAUUAAAUCAUCAUUGAAACAUUCCACGUCAAAAACAAGCAUAGAAACAGAAGAAAUGAAUAUUAAUGCUGCUACCGAUCUAAGUCCUACUGCUGUUGGAUAUCCAUUACCAAAUAUAUCAUCAAUACCAAUAUCCAAACGCCGUGGAGCUUUUAGAAAGUGGUUAUCAAAUCCAGUGCGAAAACUUAGCCAUAGUCGUGUAGAAAGGUCCUCUAGUGAAUCAUCUAAGUCAGUUUCUACUAAGAAAACUCCACAACCAAAAAUUGUGACAAAACCAGAAUCAAAUGAAAAACCAUUGGCAAACCCUGAAUGUAGAAGGUUGUUAAAGAAUGAAAUACGUAAAAAAGAAAUAUCAAUUGAAGAAGAUGAAGUGUUAGAUGUAGAGCUUCCACCCCCAAUGAAAAUACAAGAACAUAGUUUUACUCCUGUUCAUCAAAACUUACCUGGCAAUAGUAGUGAAAAGCCAAUAACCUUACCUUCCACUGAUGGCAGUAGUUCUACCGACUUGGCUUCUGAAAUAGAACAAAUAGUAAAGGAACGUAUGUCGGAUGAAAGGAAACAAAAACAUCACAUUACGGUCAAAGAGAGAGAAAAAUUUUUACAAAAUAGAAAAUGCAUAAUUCAAGAGUUCAUUGAAACUGAAAAGAGCUAUGUAAAGGAUUUACAUUCAGUCAUUGAAGGUUACAUGAAGCCCAUGAAGUUAGGGGACAUUUCAAUUCCUCAGGACCUACGUGGAGAUAAGACAAAUAUUAUUUUUGGAAAUAUUGAAUCCAUCUUUGAAUGGCAUCGAGACACUUUUUUUCCAGAAUUGCAAAAUAAUAUAGAAAAUCCUCGCAGCAUUGGACUUCUGUUUAGGAAGUCUGAACUCAAACUGCAUAUGUAUGUUGUCUACUGUCAAAAUAAACCCAAAUCAGAGCAAAUUGUUGCUCAAUUUCUCCACUCCUAUUUUGAGGACCUCAGGUGUAAAUAUAAACUUGAACAUCAUCUUUAUGAUUUACUAACAAGGCCUGUGCAGCGAAUACUGGAAUACAAGUUAUUGUUGAAGGACAUUUUGAAAUAUACUCAGCUUGCAGACAUUGAUGAAGAAGCUCAGCAAUUAGAAAAAGCCGUCCACAUAAUGCACAUAAUUUACAAAACAGCCAACGAUGUCCUUAAUCUGAGCCGGUUACAAGGUUUUCAGAUAAAUUUAGCGCAGCAAGGUCAACUUUUGUUCCAAGGUCAGUUGAAGAUCGGCGAACAAGCUCACAAGCUUAAAGACAGACAAGUGUUUCUUUUUGAACAAGCCUUAGUUUUUAGUGAAAUCAUAGCUCCAAAAAAUCCACAUUCUAGUCCUGUAUAUAUGUUUAAAAAACUUCUGCCAAUUGAAAAGAUUCAGGUGGAAGACAGCAAAGACUCCAAUAAAUUUUUGCUAAAAUUAAAAGAUUCAGCAAAUGACGAAAUGCUGUUUGUACAAGGGCAGAGUAUUGAAUCAUUGCAAGAAUGGAAAGAGAAAAUUAGCUAUGUUUUAACUUUGCAAAUGGACUAUGUGAGAUCUCUUCAAUCACCUGUACAUUAUCCCACAAAUGUAGAAUACACAAGCUCUCAUGAAAACUGCUGACCCAUGGAGUAAAAAAUGGCUGUAUUUCCCGGGUAACUAUAAAAUGGAAGAAUUUUAAAAAGAUGCAUUGAAGUAGCUGCCAAAUGACUUUCAUCUAAAUAGCCCUUCUCCUCCAAUGAUACUUAAGAGUCAUUUUUUUUAAAGUUGGACACUUUUGAUAGUUGAUGUCUUCAAUUUUCGUAGAAAUUUCAGAAUGUGUUAGAGGUACUAUGAUAAGAAAAAGUGAAGUUUCUUUUUUUUUAACUGAUUUGUUUGUCCUUG